CGGUAACGGAGCCGGCGCGUAUCUCGCUUCGCUUUAGUUCGCCGGAGUCAUCCGCCCGCCUCUCAUUCUCGUGUGUGGUUAUCGCUCAGCUGGCCGUUGCGUAUAUCCGGUUACGCUCUAAUUCGCUCAUCAUCGGCUCAUCCUUUUCUGAUUACCUCGUGGUCCGUCUCGCGUAUCUCUUGCGAUCACGGACUCCGAUUUUUUCGCGACAAUGGCCACGACCAUGGACCACGAUUACCACGACGGUUUUCGCACUUUUUCCUGGCUCGCGGAUAUCGUCGGGUUACCGAUCGACCAGGUAAAUUUCGUCUUGACACAAUUUACAGCGCUCAUACUAGCCGGAUUAUUAAGAUCGUCUCUGAGCCCCAUUGCAGCUACUCCAGCUGCCAGACACGUCUAUGGUCUUGUUAUUGGUCUUGCUCUUGGAUAUUUUUGUUUUGGAAGACAGGCGAUUCAUCUCGCUAGUCUUCCCGCGCUAUGUUACGUAGCGAUGCGUACACAAAAUCCCCGCAAUAUGCAAAGGGUCGUCCUGGCAAUAGCGUUGAUCUACUUAUCGUGCAUUCACUUUCACCGUCAGAUCUACGAUUAUGGCUCAUAUUCGCUCGAUAUUACCGGUCCUCUUAUGGUUAUAACACAGAAAGUAACUAGUCUCGCUUAUAGCAUUCACGACGGGUUAACGCGACGCGAAGAGGAGCUGACACCGAUGCAACGUCAUCAGGCUGUACAGAAGAUACCAACUACUUUGGAAUACUUUAGCUACAUUUUUCACUUUCAAGCCCUGAUGGCUGGUCCGGUGAUAUUUUAUCGUGAUUACAUCGAUUUUAUACAUGGGCAUCAUUUACCUGGCGCAAAAUCCUUGGCUACCUUCUAUGAUAAAAAUAAUCAAGAGAAAGAAAUUGUUUUGGAACCGUCACCAACUCUGGUCGUCAUAAAGAAAGUCGUGGCGAGUUUAGCAUGUGCCAUUAUAUUCAUCACGUUCAUCCCGGAUUUCCCAAUACAACGUUUAAAAGAGGACGAAUUCCUGGAGAAAACGAAUAUAUUUUACACAGUAUGGUAUUUAAUGCUGGCAACUAUGCUGGUGCGCUUCAAAUAUUAUCACGCUUGGUUGUUCGCUGAUGCUAUAUGCAACAAUUCCGGCCUCGGAUUCAGCGGUUACGAUAAACGAGGCAACGCACACUGGGAUUUGGCGUCCAACGUCGACGUUUACAAGUUCGAGACAUCACUUAAUCUAAGAGACAGUAUAGAAAGUUGGAACAAGGGCACAAAUUUGUGGCUGCGCUCAAUCAUGUACGAACGAGCUGGUCGUAAUAAAGUGUUUUAUACGUACGCUCUGUCCGCUCUAUGGCACGGUUUCUACCCUGGCUAUUAUCUCACAUUUGCGAGCGGAGCGUUCUUCACUAUGGCUGCUCGUUCAGUCCGUCGUCAUAUCAGGCCUUUGUUCCUGGAAUCUCGACGAAAGAAGAUCUUUUAUGAUAUAUUAACGUUCAUCACGACGAGAAUCGUAAUGGCCUACAUGACGUUCAGUUUUAUACUGUUAGAAUUUAUGCCAAGCAUUAAAGUGUACCUGUACUUGUACCUGUUCCCGCAUUUAUUGGGUUUGAUCGCGAUAAUACUUCCACCCCGUCUGGGAUUGUCGAGAAAGGCGCACAAACAGUCAGUCGAGACUGAUUUCUCCGAGGCAGUUAGCAAUGGAAACGCACACAAAACAAUGUAAUCUUCUGAUCGCAAUGUUAACAAAGACAGAUAUUUUUUAUGGAUGUUUUUAAUAAUAUAUAUACAAAUAUAAAUACA